CAAAAUAAUAAUUUUCCAAAAUCAGUAAUUCAUUUGAAUUUCAACAAACCUCUGCUCUCAGCCAAUCACCCUCCUUCCACUCCCAAGCUUGGCAUUGAACUUCAAAGUUGGAAAUGGCUAUGCUGGCGGGAAAUCUGGCAUCUAAAAUCUCCUUACAUCUUCAAUGUCGUGUAUUCUCCAUCCCAUGGGUAAAAAGAAGUCCGGUAAUUCUGUGUUUGAAAGGCAGAGAACAUAUCAGCUCAUCAGUUCCAGUUAGAUAUAUUCCUAAGAGUUCUUCAGAAGUUAAUGAACUUGAGAAAUCAUUGCCUGCAAAUGGUUCUGAAAAAUGGUUGUUUGAUAAAAGUUGGGAUGGAUAUGGAAGAACUUCUGUUUCAAAUGAGGAGGCUCAAAAUGGAAACCAAAUGUACAAGAAGGGUUUUUCACUUGGUGAUCCUCAACAAGCAUUUUCAGGUUUAGAAGAAGAAAUCAAUCACAAACCAAAGGUAAAGAUGAUAGAAUGCAAACUCAUGGAAGAACCUAAGGAGGUGAUUGAGGAGACAGCAAUUCAACAUGAAAGUGCUACUUCGAAAAAGAAUGUACAAGUAGGUAAAACUAUGCUAGAUGCUGAGAAGAUGGCUAUUGAACUUCUUGCUAAGAGAGCAUAUACAGCAGUAGAGCUGAGGAAAAAAUUACAUGUGAAGAGAUAUCCCCCUGAUAUCAUAGAGACAUUGAUAACCGAUUUUCAGAGCAGAGGGUUGAUCAAUGAUAGCUUGUACGCAGAAACAUUUUCUCGAUCUAGAUGGUCUUCCUCAAGCUGGGGACCCAAACGGAUAAAACAAGCAUUGUUCAGGAAAGGAGUGAGUAAUGCAGACGCAGAGAAGGCGGUAAAACUGGUUUUUGAGGAUGGUGAAUGCACUGGUCAAGAGUUAAAACUUGGCUUGUCAAAGCUUUCAAUGGAUCAUCUUUUUGUUCAGGCUUCGAAACAAUGGCUUCGAGGUCAGGAUGUUCCCGAGGAGACACGUAAAUCAAGAAUCAUUCGGUGGCUUCAGUAUCGUGGUUUCAACUGGGGUGUUAUUAGUUUCAUAUUGAAAAAGUUAGAAUCUCAGUAUUCUUCCUAGAGCAUGAUAAGUGUCUAUCUCUCCUGACAUGGCACAAGGAAUUCGGGCCAUCUAAGUUUCGGCUAAUGGCCCAUACUGUCACUGAAGGAAAUAUUGCUCAAUGUGGAUCAGUUGCUCUCUCCAUUAGCACUACACUGCUUUGGCAAUAAGUUGUCCACUUCAUCCGUUCACUGUGUCUAAUUUCAUCUUUCGUCAUGGUACUCUAGUGCCAUCUAAUCUGUGCAGAACAAAGUCCAUCCUAAUUAGGAAACACCUCCCAGACAAAGCAGAAAGUGGUACAACUAGAUGUGGUUGAUCACCAUUGUUUUUACCGAGAAUGGAAGAAUUCAUGCACCCAGCUAGUGCAAAUAUCUCAGCUAGAUCUGACUGUUGAAGAGAUGUCUGAAUCUACUUGAUACAGAUUGAAUAGUCAUCGUAAUUGAAAGUAUCUAGUUGAGUCUUAAUAAUGUAGGAAGCUAAGCUGAAUUGUCAGUCUUACAAGAGGAUUAGAUUGGUUUUGUUGUCUGUCCUUACUAUAGACUUCAUGUGGGUCUCAAAUUCAAUACAUAAGCAUGUGAGCUAGUUGCUUAUUCACUGUUUUGCUAUUCAUAAACAGGGAUAAUCGUCUUGUUUUAGCGCAUAUGCUUCUGAAUUAGGACACAGUCUUCUAAUUUAAGGUUAACUUUUGUUUUGUUUUUUUGGGU